AUGCCACCCUCCGGUGUUGAUCUGGGCGGACUCCAGACUGAGAACAGCAAUCCGAGAACCGCGACGAUUGACAAGGUAUCUACCGAGGAACUAUGCCGCAUCCUACAUGAAGAGGAUUGCCGUGUCCCUGCAGCCGUCACACCCUGUCUGCCAGAGAUUGCGGCAACGAUUGACGCGCUGACCGAAAGAGUCCGCAAAGGCGGUCGCGUAUUUUACAUUGGUGCUGGCACUAGCGGAAGGCUAGGCGUGCUAGAUGCUUCUGAGAUUCCGCCAACCUAUUCAAGCCCCCCAAAUCAAUUUAUAGCACUGAUUGCAGGCGGUGACUAUGCGCUACGCAACGCCAAGGAAGGCGCGGAAGAUGACCGAUCUGCUGCCAAGACUGAUCUUGACGCUUUUAAUAUUGCGCCAAACCUAGAUUCAUUAAUCGGCAUUGCCUCAUCUGGUCGAACUCCCUAUGUUCUUGGAGGCCUAGAGUAUGCCAGGUCAAUCGGCUGCACUACUGUGGGUGUCGUCUGUGUGCAGCCGUCUGCGAUGGCAAUAGAAGGCAAUACCGACUACCUCAUCAGUGCUGUCACCGGCUCCGAGUCGGUGACGGGCAGCACGAGAAUGAAGGCUGGCACUGCUACAAAGCUAGUUUUGAAUAUGAUUAGUACGGGCAUCAUGAUUAAGUUGGGCAAGACUUAUGGAAAUCUGGCAAGUUUGAGAAUGGUAGAUCUCAAAGCCACGAAUAUCAAGUUGCGACAGCGCGCCCGAAACAUCCUCAGAGUCAUUGGCGGCCAACGAUGUCACCACUCUGAUCAAGAGCUAGAUGCUAUCCUCGCAACCGCUCGCGGCAGCACCAGGUUGGCGGCUGUUAUGAUGGUCUUGGACGUUCCCUUGGUGGAAGCCGAGCUACGUCUAGACCGAAACAAUGGCGUUCUCGACCGGGUUUUUACUGAGGCCGAAACGCAAUCAAGGGGAACAAGCUGCAAGGCUACAAUUCUCUCCAAAGACGGGGCUGUCGGAGCCGGCUUUGGAGGGCCAUGCAACGUCAUUGCUGGCGCUAUUCAGCAAGCAACAGACUCAUGUCCCACAACAAAAGGACGCGUGUUCUCGUCAAUUAAGUUUGCUGCAGCUCGGAUCGGUCUCGCCGGCUAUGACCGGCCUGCAGUACAGUCUUCAGUCAAUGAUGGACUCUCGAAGCUAUUAAAUCUCAAGAUCGGCGCCGGGCUUGAAGUGACUACAGAUAUCGAUCUUUUACCUGUCGCAUCGGCCUCGGAGGAAACUGUGGAAUGCGCCGUUGUCUUAGUAGCAGGUACAGGCUCCAUCGCCAUGAGUUUUCGAAAAGAAAAUGGUGCUUUUGUCCGUUCAGGCCGUGCCGGCGGCUGGGGUCACCUGCUCGGUGAUGAUGGCUCUGGAUACAGCAUUGGGCGAGAGGCGCUGCGAAUGGCGUUGCGUGAAAGCGACGUGUGCUCCAUGCGGAAACAAGCGAGUGCGCCCGCGCAGCCAACAUCUCAGCUUGCAAAAGCGGUAUUUGGCCAUUUCAAAGAGAAAUUCCCAGAAGCGAAGCCAGAAGAUUUACUCAGCACUGUCAUGAUGCCCAACUCUGCUCCACAGCAGCCCAGGGACGCCGUGAUGGACAGGACGAGUCGCAUCGCUGGGGUAGCCAAGACAGUCUUGGCCAUGGUGAAAACAAACGAGGAUGCAGAUCGUAUUGUUGCAGCAGGCGCUGAAAAGCUGGCAGAGCUCGCUGCUUUACUCGUCUUAAACCAAGGCAUUAAGCCAUCAAAGGCUAGUCUGGUGCUGGCCGGAGGUCUAAUGCAGGAUGAAGGAUACCGCAGGCGGAUUGUAGGCUCCGUCGAAAGGGCAGGUUACAAGUUUCAGCACGUUGAAGUAGUGGACCAACCAGCCAUGAACGGAGCGCGAUUUCUGUUGCGGUCGGCACAGACGCUGCAAUAG